AUGGACCUCCUACCGGCCCCUCAGGUCACCACGCCUCAGGCCAGUCACCUCAGCCGCCUACCGGGCCUAUGUCUCAAUCUUACCCUCACAACCGUAAUUUUUCCAGAGGGGGCUUUCGGGGUAGCUCACACCCCGCUCGAGGUAAUUAUCGGAAUGUGGGAGGUGCUCAAAAUGCUCAGCGAUCAGGCUCCACAGCAUUCGACGUCAAACCAUCCAGACCUAGCUGGAGCAAAGGAAGAGAGAGAUGAUGAGGACAAGGAUACAUCCAGAGCAUCAAAAACCCACAAUGAAGAUUUGUUGUCGGAGAAAAAUACUAAUGAGCAGAUGCCUCCGCCUCGACCCCCUCCCUCAGCCCCGACGGGUCCUGCAAGUUCGAAAUUCAGCUUUGCCUUUAAGGCAACGAAUAAAACACCGGUUGCGACCCCAAAGCCAGAAAUCUCUCAAAAGUUCAACACGGCCUCUAAAAAGGAGCCACCUCCACAUGUUGAUGAUCGAGACCGUGACCGAGACCGUGACCGUGACCGCGAGCGAGAGCGUGAGCGUGAUAGAGAGCGCGAAUGGGAACGUGAACGAGAACGGGAACGGGAACGGGAGCGUGAGAGGGAGCGUGAGAGGCAGCGUGAGCGCGAUCGUGACCGGGACCGGGACUUACCUCGAGAUACUCCAAGAGAGCCUGCUUCUGCAAGAGCAAGGUCGGAUUAUCAUGCUAAUAGAGCCCCCCCCGAAUUACCAAGGACGCGGAAGGUAAAGAGAAUACAACGAAGACUGAAACUGAAGCCCGAAUUACCAACCGACCUUGCUGCGUCAGAUUCGGUGUUCUUUAGAAAACCUGGCAACGAGUCAGUUGUAGGAUCGGGUACAUAUGGCAAAGUCUUCAAGGGCCUCCACGUAUAUACUAAGAGGCUUGUUGCUCUGAAAAAGAUACGCAUGGAAGGAGAAAGAGAUGGGUUUCCGGUUACCGCGGUGCGAGAAAUCAAGCUUCUCCAGUCCCUGAAACAUCGAAAUAUUGUCACAUUACAGGAAGUUAUGGUUGAGAAGAACGAUUGUUUCAUGGUUUUUGAGUAUAUGUCUCACGACCUUACGGGCUUGUUAAACCAUCCAUCGUACAAACUUGAUGCGGCACAAAAGAAGCACCUUGCUCUACAGAUAUUUGAAGGCCUAGACUAUCUGCACAAACGAGGAGUGUUGCACCGCGAUAUAAAGGCAGCUAACAUCCUUGUUAGUAGCGACGGGGUCUUAAAACUAGCAGACUUUGGCCUGGCUCGUUUCUACGCAAAACGCCACCAACUCGACUACACGAACCGAGUUAUCACUAUUUGGUACAGAUCUCCCGAGCUAUUACUUGGCGAGACGCAGUAUGGUGCCGCCGUGGAUAUCUGGAGUGCAGCCUGUGUCAUGGUGGAAAUUUUCACACGUCAUGCCAUCUUUCCUGGAGAUGGUGGUGAGAUCAACCAGCUGGAGAAGAUAUAUGCCGUGCUCGGUACGCCGAAUAAGAAUGAUUGGCCUGCGCUUGUCGACAUGCCCUGGUUUGAGUUACUGAGGCCUGGAUUUCGACGACCUAAUGUCUUUGCUGAAAAAUACAAGGAACGAGUGCCAGCAGCUGCCUUCGAACUUCUUGCUGCCAUGUUUCAGUAUGAUCCAGUGAAACGUCCGUCUGCGGCAGAAGUUUUGGAGCAUCCCUACUUCACGACGGAGCAGCCGCCUGCAAGGCAAGCUAUCGAACUACGUGAUCUGGAGGGUGAAUGGCACGAGUUUGAGUCGAAGGCACUACGUCGGGAGAAGGAGAAGCAGGAGCGAGACGCACGGCGUGCUGCUAAAGAAGGUAGCAGCCGUGAUAAGGAUAAGAAACGGCCGCCGUCAACCCACGAGUCCCAACGAGACAGCAAACGUCCGCAUAUUGACGGGCAACCGCCUACACUAGGUCGAGCUUCAAGCUCUAAUGUUGUACAGUCUGGCGAGCCCGUAGCGAGCGAGACGACACUAGGGUAG